AUGCCGUUGAAAUGGAAAAGCGGUUCUCCUGUCAGCUGGAAAUUCCCAGUGCCCGUUCUUAAGGCAUCCAGGUCCUCACCGCUUUCACCUGCAUACAUAUCCCUCGUGGAAGACGACGACGCUCACAUGAAAGUGGCACUGGGGUAUGGUGAUAUGGGCAUUUCUGCUCACCUUCAGGCAUCAAAGACUGGAAACACUCGCUUUUUCACAAGCAACACACACAGCUCAGUGGUUCUGCAGGGAUUUGAUCAGCUGAGGAUAGAAGGCUUGCUCUGUGAUGUCACACUAGUGGCUGGUGAUGGAGAUGAAGCAUUCCCUGUACACCGUGCCAUGAUGGCCUCCUCCUCUGACUACUUCAAAGCCAUGUUUACAGGCGGAAUGAAAGAACAAGAUUUAAUGUGCAUCAAACUUCAUGGGGUUAACCGAAUAGGCUUGAAGAAGAUCAUUGACUUUAUCUAUACUGCCAAAUUGUCGCUCAACAUGGAGAAUCUGCAAGACACUCUUGAGGCUGCCAGCUUCCUGCAAAUCCUUCCUGUGCUGGAUUUCUGCAAGGUCUUUCUCAUAUCUGGGGUUUCUCUUGACAACUGUGUAGAAGUUGGGCGGAUUGCCAACACAUAUAACCUCACCGAGGUGGACAAAUAUGUCAACAAUUUCAUCCUGAAGAACUUCCCUUCAUUGUUGGGCACAGGAGAGUUUGUUAAACUGCCAUUUGAGAGAUUAGCUUUUGUACUGUCCAGCAACAGCUUGAAACACUGCAGUGAACUGGACCUUUUUAAGGCAGCUUGCCGUUGGCUACGCUAUGAAGAAGGUCGUAUGGACUACGCACCAAAACUCAUGAAGAACAUUCGUUUUCCCCUCAUGAACCCCCAGGAGCUUAUCAAUCAUGUACAGACUGUAGACUUUAUGCGAACAGAUAACACCUGUGUCAACCUUCUCCUGGAAGCUAGCAACUACCAAAUGAUGCCCUAUAUGCAGCCAGUUAUGCAAUCAGAACGGACAGCCAUCCGAUCAGACAGUGCCCACCUGGUCACCCUGGGUGGUGUUCUGCGGCAACAGCUAGUAGUCAGUAAAGAGCUGCGUCUUUUUGAUGAGAAGGCUCAUGAGUGGAAGUCAUUGGCACCUAUGGAUGCACCUCGCUAUCAACACGGGAUUGCAGUAAUUGGCAACUUUCUGUAUGUGGUGGGCGGCCAAAGCAACUAUGACACCAAAGGCAAGACAGCAGUGGACACAGUGUUCCGGUACGACCCUCGCUACAACAAGUGGAUCCAGGUAGCAUGCCUUAAUGAGAAACGUACCUUCUUCCACCUCAGCGCACUCAAGGGACAUCUGUACGCUGUCGGAGGAAGAAAUGCUGCCGGUGAGCUAGCUACUGUGGAGUGCUACAACCCCAGAACGAAUGAAUGGACAUAUGUUGCCAAAAUGAAUGAACCACAUUAUGGUCACGCUGGGACGGUCUAUGGCGGUUAUAUGUAUAUUUCAGGAGGAAUUACUCAUGACACUUUUCAGAAGGAGCUGAUGUGCUUUGACCCAGAUUCGGAUAAAUGGACUCAGAAGGCACCCAUGACCACAGUGCGUGGCCUCCACUGCAUGUGCACAGUGGGCGACAAGCUUUACGUGAUCGGGGGGAACCACUUCAGAGGCACCAGUGACUAUGACGACGUGCUGAGCUGCGAAUAUUAUUCCCCUGCCCUGGACUUAUGGACACCUAUUGCCGCCAUGUUGCGAGGUCAGAGCGACGUGGGCGUGGCCGUGUUUGAGAAUAAAAUCUAUGUGGUGGGAGGCUACUCGUGGAACAAUCGGUGCAUGGUGGAAAUAGUACAGAAAUACGACCCCGAGAAAGACGAGUGGCACAAAGUGUUUGACUUACCCGAGUCGCUGGGUGGAAUCAGAGCCUGCACACUCACAGUCUUUCCCCCUGAUGAUAUCUCAGGCUCGCCCUCCAGAGAGUCACCUCUCUCAGCACCUUGAUGAGCAAAGGGGGGGGGGGCCCACUUUGCUCAUUCCCCCAUUAUCCCCCACACUCCCAACCUAACAAGCAUACCUUAGACAUUGUUUGCACUUCCUCUCUGGACUACAUCUGUACUGUACCUAAAAGUCUCCGAGUCCACCUUCCCUAUGACUGUGCAGAACUCCCUCCCGAGGCGAAUAAACCUACAUACCGAUUAAAAUCCUGCAACCUGAUUACAUGUUAAUGUUGCAUAUUCGGUAUAGUUUGGCAGGAAAAACCUUGACUUGAAAACUUGACUUUAUGAAUCAACUUUUCUACCUGAUGUCUGAAGUUUUCUUACGUCUCGUUUGAUUAAGUCGAGUACCACACCGACUGUCUUCUAGUCUAUGCCAGGUUAGCAGCAGAUAACCCCAGAGAGCAGAAGAAUAGGGAUCCAAAACAACUGGUUUUUAACUCAGGGGUUGGCCCAGGCCCCAUCUCCAUCUCUUGCAGUUUCACUUCUUUCCUGCUGUUGCUCUGAAACUGUUAACAAAAUGUUGUUUUCUAAAUUUAAUAAACUUGAUUUUGAGAAAAGA